UUGUAUAUAAACAUGGAUAACAUUUUCAAACAUACUCCCCCAGACCGAGGGCUGUUCAACCCUGACCAGCACAAAGACCUUGUUAAACAGUUUUCAAAGCGACUUGAAAAGAUGGAAAGCAAGGAUGAUUCUAAUGACAUCUCUGGUAAUUUAAAAGAUGAAGAAGAGGAGGAAAAGGGAAGAGACACCCCAAGUGAAAACCCACGGAUUAAUGUACUUGAGGACCCUGAAUCUCCUCUUCAAUCACCAGGGAAGACUUCUCCAAUGAUCUCUACUAAGAACAUUGGAAAUCUGAGAUUCCAGCUUACCGGUCAUAUUGAUUUUGGAAAGAUUAAUUUUAAAAAGACAAGCAAGCAUUCACAAAAGUGGGUGAGGCCAAUUCCUGAGAAAUUUGAAGAGAGGUCCAAAAUAACCACCCUCUCUAAGGAUAAAAGGCGCGAAAGAGCGAGGCAACUGUGGGUCAUCGGCAUCAGGAAAGCCAGAACUAUGGUUAUCAUCAUGAAAGCCAUUAAGUCUGUAGAUGAUAAUAUUAAAAUAUUUGGGGUCAGCAAAAAUAUCAAUGACGAUCUUUCGUUUGAUACAGGCCAUAACGGAGUGAAAUGAUGCAUGGUCAUAGACCCUAAUGGGAAAUUCUCCAAAUUUUGGGCUCUAAUAACAACCUUCACACUCAUGCUUACAGGUCUAUAUGUCCCUUACAGCGCAGCCUUUCUUGACGACCAAGGGUUUGAUUUCUUUUCGCUCGUUCUUGAUAUUCCAUUCUAUUUCGAUAUCAUAUUCGGGUUCUUUACUGGAUACAGGACUGCUGGAGGAAACUUUGAGUCUAGAUUGAUACCUAUCGUCUUUAACUAUCUCCGGACUUGGUUCUUCAUCGAUCUGUGAACCAUCAUUCCUUACGAAGUGCUUUUCUCGAACAAUACUUUCAGCUUUAUCAAGUUUAUUAAGUUUCUGAAAGUAUUCAAGUUUAUUAGAGUCUUUAAGUAUGUCAACAGGAUCAAAGAAAUUGCUGCAAAAUAUGACAUCAGUAUUAUCACACUCAGGCUUCUGGCUGAAGCCAUUGCUGUGGUGUACCUUGUCCACAUCGCAGCAUGAAUUUACUUCUUCAUUGCUGUUAUUAAUGAGCUUAAUCCAGACACCUGGGUCGUCAAGAAAGGAAUCCAAGAUGAGUCUAACUCUAUUUAAGUAUCUAUACUCUGUAUAUUGGGCACUCCAGACCCUUACAACUGUUGGGUAUGGAGACAUCCCUGUAGACACUAAUCUUGAGAAAGUUGUUUGUAUCUGCUGGAUGGUCUUUGGAGUAGGGUUCUACUCUUUCACUAUCGGUAACCUGUCCUCUUUCAUCACCACCAUUGAUGCCAAGGGAGCUCAGUUAAGAGCUAAACUGCAGACAAUAGAAGAAUUCUCAAGAAAGCAUGAUCUGCCAAAAGACCUAGAAAUUCGAAUGAAGAGUUUGACGACGAACCAGAAUGAAAUCACUCAACAUGACCAGAACAAGCUUCUUCAGGAGCUGCCGUCAAGUCUACGCGCUGAAGUGUUAAAUCACAUUCAUGCAGAUAUUUUCAAGGUGAUAAUGUUUUUCAAGGAUAAGGGUCCAGAAUUCCUAUCAGCGUCACUUCCUUUAGUGAGGAGGUUCAACCUCCCACCAAAGGAAAUACUCUACAAGGAAGGGGACCCUUCCGAAGAAGUGUAUUUUAUCUUGAAAGGCCAAAUAAAGCUCACCACUAAAGAUAAGGUCGCCUUCAGAGUUUACAAGGAUGGAAGCAUGUUUGGAGAAAACGAGGUCAUCUACAAAGAAGGAAGAGACUCGACUGCUCAAAGUAUCACAGAGUGCCAGCUCCUAGUCAUGUCUAAAUUUGAUUUUAAAUAAACUCCUUGAAGAACAUCCUGAUGAGGCCAGGAAGAUCAAGAUCAACGCUCUGCUGAGAAGGGAAAGACAUAAGAAGGAUAAACAAAAGAUUAAGAAAAAGAAAGGAAAGAAAAAUGAUAGAGUCAAGAGUAGCUCCAAAAAUCGUAGCUCAAAGAAUUUACCGAAGCAGUCUUCAAACCCCAGCUCAAACAAAAACAUUGAGGAACUUCUGGAACUAAACCAAGUAGAUGCACUGAAUAAGGAGGAGAAGUCGCCUCUGCUUGAGUUGCCUUCAGACCCUAACUUACAUGAUUGUCGAAAGAAGAAAUCUGGGUCUAAAAAACCCAAGUCCAAAAGCUCAAUGUUGAACAAGGACAUAAUGAAAGAUGAGAUUGCAGAAAUCGCCAGUGAAAACAGUGUCAGCCAAUCAGAGGUUAACCUCCAGACGUACAAGAUGAAGAGGAAUGAGGAGGGUAAGGAGUCCUUAUCGAGCUCCUUGACCAUUAAGAAUGAGAAUCCCAAACCGGAUUCAAAGGAGAAACAAACAAGCAACCAUAUCAACCUAAAAUAUGACCCUGAUGAGAUUGUGAACGAGUCUGAUACUGAUUAUAAGGAAUCCACCGAUGAAGAGAUCCUUGAUGACGAGUACUCCAAUGAGGGCGAGGAAGACGACGAAACUCUAGAUGAGCUCCUAUUCUUAGAAGCAGUCGCUAGUCUCAAUGAGAAUAUAUCAAUGCUAACGAUAAAUUCUACAGAUAUCUUCAACUGUUUCCAAAAUCUGGUCAAAGAGACUACCACAUUGUCAUCAACAUUGAAGGAGUUCAAUACUAAUCUUCUGUCGAAUCAGAUACAUGAGGUAUCUGAGAAAUAAGGAGUCAUAGGCAAUGAUAAUAAUUAUGAUAAAAUAAGGUAGAGAUUUCAUGAAAA